AUGCUCAAGAUGAUUUUUCAUCAUAAAAUUACCGAAUCAACCAUUAUAGAAGUAUUCAAAAAUUGGAAAUGCCCGAAGGACAUGGAAAAGUGCUUUGACUUGGAUAUCGCUCAGAAAAUAUAUAGAACAAAUCCCAGGAAACCAAUUGAGACAAGAAGAUUAUUUUAUGCAAGAUUGUAA